UCAAAGAAAUACAGAGCAGUGAUUUUUUUGUCUAUCCAGGCAGAUGAGACAACAGAUGUCUCCACACAGAACCAACUUGUGCUUGUGCUGCGCUACACUGAUGCUGAAAACAACAUACAGGAAAGAUUUUUUGAGUUUAUUCCUCUGCAGUCAGCUACAAGUUUGUCCAUUGCUACAGCAUUACAAGAUACUCUUGCAUCCAUCCUUCCUGAGGGCCAGAAAAACAAACUCAUCUGCCAGGUAUAUGAUGGAGCCAGCGUGAUGCGUGGUGGCAUAUCAGGUGUUCAGAAGAGAAUUCAAGAUGUGUACCCAAAUGCCCAUUACAUCCACUGCUAUGCACAUCGGCUCAAUCUGAUAAUGCAACAGGCCUGCCGUCACAUUUUCAAGGUGAGAGGUUUUUUUGCUAACCUCACUGGAUUUGCCAGCUUUUUUCACCUGUCAGCUAAGUGGAUGGCUGUUCUUACUGAAGUUUUGAACCACAGACUGCCCGUAACCAGCAAUGUGAGAUGGGACUUCCGCGGCCGCAUUGUCAAUACAGUUUUUGAGCACAGAGAGGACCUCAUCCAGUGUUUUAAAACCAUUUGCGACUCAGGUGACUUUGACGACACAACUGUCAGAGCCACAACAGGCUUUGUGUUCUUACUGGAGGAAGAAGAAUUUCAGUUCUUUUUGCAGCUUUUCCACAACAUCAUGCCACAUGUGGACAUCCUGUAUGCCCAGCUCCAGAAGAGGAGCAUUGAUUCUGUCCAUAUCAGAUGGUCCAUCCAGCAGUUCCAGCACCAGUUAGAAGCCAUCAGGGACACUCUCCAUUCCCCACCUGAGCAAAGCAGUGGCUCUCAGCCACCUGGAGCCCAUUUGCUGCCUGAGCAAAGCAGUGGCUCUGGAGCAAAGAGGCGUAGAACGGCCACCAGCAGAGAGGAGCUUCAUCAGAUUGCAGCAGAGGUCUGUAAUACCAUAUUGGGACACAGCAGGGAGCGUUUUCCUUCACACAACACCUUGUCAGUGCCACCUUGCUGCAGAGCAACCAGCUUGAAACCUACAAGAUGGCUUUUCGGAGGCACUGAGCACCACCUUGAAGGCCUACCCAAUGCUCAAUGGAAGUACGCUGAAGACAGAACUUGAUCUCAUCUACUGCAAGGAAGAGUUCAGAACCUGUAGUGGUGCUGUAGCCUUAUUCCAGUUGUUUAUGGAGAAUAGUUUGGCGGAAGUCUUUUCAGAGACUAUUUGUCUCCAAAGGAUCAUCAUCACCACACCCAUGACCACUUCAGAAGCUGAGAGAUGCUUCUCCACCCUGAAGAGAAUUAAAACUUUUCUCAGGAACACCAUGAGACAGGACAGGCUGAAUGCACUGGCCAUGCUGUCAAUGGAAAAGAGACUAGUGGGUGAGAUAAGUGACUUUAACCAGAAAGUAAUUGAAAAGUUUGCAGGCCUGAAGGAAAGAAGGGCCAAGUUUAUGUUUAAGUAGUGCUUGAGAAGGGGAUGUUAUAUUUCCACACAUAAAUGGUAACCUUACUCUUGGAGAUUUGUGUUUUAAUGCUCACACCAACUAUAUACCCAGAUAGCACACAUACAUCUGGCCGACGUCGGCUCGAUGUAUCAAGUUUAGAUUGUUAAGACGUAGCAGGGAGAGCGUUUGCUCAUUGCCAAGACGUCGCUGAGAUGUCGGCCUUUAAUCGAAAAUGACCAUCACGCGACGUUCAAACGAUCAAUAAAAGAAGCUGUGCUCAGUGGGCGCUCCUUCAUUAAUAUUCAUAUGCUUCAUUAGCUACGACCUUUAUUCAUUUAGGUCGGACUUUUCAAACUACAAAUAUUUCACCAUUUAAUGUGAGAAAUCAAUGCUAACAUUCAAAAAUAGCCGUUACCCUAUUUUGUGUGUACGUGUGCACAAUGAAGAGACAAAAGUCAAUUUGACAAACUUAAUUUCCACAAACAGUAUCUGAUGGCCAGUCCGCCUCUCCUGGCAGCCUGCAAGAGACAGAAAAGACGAUGAGCACGUAACUUCAAGAAACAAAUCCCAACUUCACCACUGUAUUUUUUUUUUAGCAUUUCAGCUGUCUUUUAGCCAGAUUGAAGGCUUUGGGUCUGUCACUCUGCUUAAUUUAGUGUUGAAAUUGUUAAAUAACGGGAUCCGGCGUUAACUCUGUUAACUGUUAACAGCAGCUCAGCAGCUUAGCAAUCAGUCCCUCAUCUUGGAAAAACAGUGGUUUCAAAACUGCGCUAUUACCUGUAGCCACUGGGGCGGUUUGCUUUGCAGAGGAGGAGACCUCAACUGAUAAAUUGCCCAUAAAAUCACAUUAACAACAUACCGAAGGCAUCCUUAAACUGCACUAUUUGACCUCUGCACUCCGCUCCUCUCACCCACACUUGAGCACCUGUUCAGGGAUACACAGUGUCGGCCCGCCCCGCCUGACCUCUGUAGUCCUCUCCGCUCUUCUCACCCACACUUGAGCACCCGUCCAGGGCCCGGAGGUCAGGCCGGGGGGCUGCGGGACCACAGGUGGCAGCUCCGGGCACUUCCACUUUAACCAAAAACGAGUGCUCACGAUAACCAGAUGAGCAGAUAACGUCAACUAGGGAAAAUAAAAUGAAAACACCACAGUUGUAGCCUCUUAGCUAACAUGAGCUAAACCACUAAACUAGCUAACAGCUAACGAAAGAUAACGUUAGCUGGUGGGGACAUGUGCUAUAUACACCCAGUCGUGUCUCGCCACUCACCAGAACCUCUUUUAACGGUCACAGAAGAAACAGCAUAGCUAUUUUCUGCCAAUUUAUUCCAAUUAGCUUACCUGAAACCAACUGUGAUGAGAUGCUGUGUCCUGCGAGCUCAGUUCCAAACGAAGACCGCAGAGAUGAAAUUCCGCCUCUGUGGCGACUUCCGUAUGUGGGCAGACAUUCUACGGCACUGGGCCGACCCAGAACCGACGUAACAGAGACGUUUGAUGAGCUGGGACAAAAGAGUAUUAAAUUUAAAGAUAUCCACCCAUGCGGCCGACGCUUGUCAGACAUUAUAAAUUCAGGGCCGAUGUGUCGUCCUCAGGCCGACGUCGGCAGGAUGUAUGUGUGCUAUCUGGGUAGGCUCUUCUCACCAUGUCCAUGUUAUUCAUGUGGGCAGCAGUGAUUCCCAAACUGUGGUACAAGUAGCACUGGUGGUGGUAAUUAGCUCCCCUCUGAUGGUGUUCAGGAUACUAUAUUUUAAUGCUGGCGAUAAUUGGAGAGUCCAAUGUUAUUCUGGUGAUAUGGUGAUACACAGUGUAAAAUGUUUGAGAACCACUGACAAAGGGUAAACCAUUUUGCUUUGAACUUGAACCUUCACCCCAGGCCAGAUCCACCACUGCUCUCUGCUGUUGUCUGACUUCACUCUGUUGAGUUUCUCUGUGUAUGUGUGUGUGUGUGCACACGCGCUGUGAGGAGGAGGUCAGCCCUGACAUGCACAGAGAAAUUCAUUUCUGAGUUUGAAAAUGAAUAAAUAAAUAAAGCAAUCAGCCUAA